AUGACGGAUCACGUGGCCGCGGGCGCUCGAGGUCUCAACAGACCGCCGUUGCGGACAUAUAGCAAACGUUCUGCGCCAAAUUCCACCGAGCCCCCAGCCAAAAAACGGCGCGUCGAGUCGAGCAAUGUUGACAUUCACAGCAUUGCUGGCAGAUUUGCACAAAAGCUCGAAGCGGCGUGUCAAUCAAAACAUGAUCCUCAGUCACAAGUGCCUCUGCCGACACCUGCUCAACAACCAAAGAAAGGCACAAUCUUGAGUUACUUCAAAGUCCGAUCGCCGUCUUCGACAACAUCAUCGUCAUGUGCGCAAGUAUCCGAGGUCAUACCACUUUCGUCCACGCCUCCAUCCUCCAUACCCUCUGAAUCAAACGACUCUAGUUGCAAGAAACGUCGAAGAUUGACGACCAAACCGCCCUUACGAAACAGCGACACGAGUAGCCCAGAGUCGGACGACGAUGGCAGCAGCGACACCAAGCAACAGACACAAGUCACGAAGGAUUCCAAGUCCACCGUCCAAGAUGUCAAUGGCAAUCUCAUUGAUCAGGAUCCUAGGGCCAAGGCAGAAAGGCCAGACGCUCGGGAAAGGGGCACUAAGAAAGGAUCAAAAUCCAAGAAAGCCACGGUGCAGACGACUUUAAGCCUGUCUUUGACUGAAAAGCAGUUCAUCGAGUGCAACGAGUGCAACAUGUUGUACAACCCAUAUCAUGAGAAGGAUCUAAAGAUGCACAAGAAAAGACAUGCUGCAGUGAUGAAGGCAAAUAAAGCAAAAGGCAAGGAUGAAGCAUGCUCUCACUAA